GCUGUUUCUAGUCUAGAGCAGCUCCUUGGUGCAGUUUGCCGGGAGAGUGAUGGGUGCCAGCCCUGGUGGACCACAGGGCCACAAGCCGGCUGGGACUGCUUCAUCAGCGCUGCGGGUCAUGGUGGCACUGAAAGUCUGGCGCAUGAUACCCCAUCACAAAGGGUGCAGUUUAUUCUUGGAACAGAAGAUGAUGACGAGGAACACAUUCCUCAUGAUCUCUUUACUGAACUUGAUGAAAUUUGUUGGCGUGAAGGAGAGGACGCAGAGUGGAGGGAGACAGCAAGGUGGUUGAAGUUUGAAGAAGAUGUAGAGGAUGGUGGAGAGAGGUGGAGCAAACCGUAUGUUGCCACACUGUCACUUCAUAGCUUGUUUGAACUGAGAAGCUGUAUCCUGAAUGGCACAGUUCUUUUGGACAUGAGAGCUAACUCCAUAGAAGAAAUUGCAGAUAUGAUUCUGGACCAGCAGGUGGGUUCUGGCCAGCUCAGUGAGGAUGUUCGUCACAGAGUGCAUGAGGCAUUACUGAAACAGCAUCACCAUCAGAACCAGAAGAAGCUGAGCAACAGGAUCCCAAUUGUGAGAUCCUUUGCUGAUAUUGGAAAGAAGCAAUCUGAGCCCCAUUCUAUGGAUAAAAAUGGUCAGAUUGUUUCCCCACAGUCUGCUCCAGCCUGUAUUGAAAACAAAAACGAUGUGAGCAGAGAAAACAGCACCGUUGACUUCAGCAAGGUUGACCUACACUUCAUGAAAAAGAUACCACCUGGAGCUGAAGCAUCAAAUAUCUUAGUUGGUGAACUGGAGUUCCUGGACCGUGCGGUUGUCGCUUUUGUUAGGUUAUCUCCUGCAGUGCUGCUUACGGGACUAGCUGAAGUUCCAAUUCCAACAAGAUUUUUGUUUAUUCUUCUUGGACCACUGGGUAAAGGGCAACAAUACCAUGAGAUUGGGAGAUCAAUUGCAACACUAAUGACAGAUGAGGUGUUCCAUGAUGUUGCUUACAAAGCAAAAGACCGCAAUGACUUGGUGUCUGGAAUCGAUGAGUUUCUUGAUCAGGUUACUGUUCUUCCUCCUGGAGAGUGGGACCCAACAAUUCGAAUAGAACCACCUAAAAAUGUUCCCUCUCAGGAGAAGCGUAAGAUCCCAGGAGUGCCAAAUGGAACUGCAGCCCAUGGAGAUGCAGAACAACCUGGAGGACACUCUGGACCAGAACUGCAACGCACUGGAAAAUUUUUUGGAGGAUUGAUUUUAGAUAUAAAAAGAAAAGCUCCCUUCUUCUGGAGUGACUUCAGGGAUGCUCUCAGUCUGCAGUGUCUGGCAUCGUUUUUGUUUCUCUACUGUGCUUGCAUGUCUCCUGUCAUCACAUUUGGUGGUCUGCUGGGAGAAGCAACUGAAGGUCGUAUAAGUGCAAUAGAAUCGCUGUUUGGAGCAUCCAUGACUGGAAUUGCCUACUCUCUCUUUGGUGGACAACCUCUCACUAUACUUGGCAGCACAGGACCAGUUUUAGUGUUUGAGAAGAUCUUAUUCAAGUUCUGCAAAGAAUAUGGGUUGUCGUACCUUUCUCUGAGAGCUAGUAUUGGACUGUGGACUGCAAUCCUGUGCAUCAUCCUUGUUGCAACUGAUGCAAGCUCUCUAGUCUGCUACAUUACCCGGUUUACUGAAGAAGCUUUUGCUUCUCUUAUCUGCAUCAUUUUCAUUUAUGAGGCCUUAGAGAAGCUGUUUCAUCUCAGUGAGACAUACCCGAUCAACAUGCAUAAUGAUUUGGAUCUGCUGACAAAGUACUCAUGCAAUUGUGUGGAACCAGAACAUCCCAGCAAUAAAACCUUACAAUACUGGCAGGACUACAAUAUAUCUGCAUCUGAUGUGCCAUGGGGGAACCUAAGUGUGUCAGAAUGUAAAAAGUUUCAUGGAGAGUUUGUUGGACGAGCUUGUGGUCAUCAUGGCCCUUAUGUUCCAGAUGUCCUCUUCUGGUCUGUCAUCUUGUUCUUUUCUACAGUAACGCUGUCAUCCACACUGAAGCAGUUCAAAACUAGCCGGUACUUCCCAACGAAGGUACGAUCUGUUGUCAGCGAUUUUGCUGUAUUUCUCACUAUUUUGUCCAUGGUUUUAAUUGACUAUGCCAUUGGGAUUCCAUCACCAAAACUUCAGGUUCCAAAUGCUUUUAAGCCCACCAGAGAUGAUCGUGGCUGGUUUAUUACUCCUUUGGGGCCUAAUCCUUGGUGGACAGUGAUAGCUGCUGUAAUUCCCGCCUUGCUUUGUACUAUCCUUAUCUUUAUGGACCAGCAGAUCACAGCUGUCAUUAUCAACAGAAAAGAACACAAACUAAAGAAAGGAUGUGGAUACCAUCUCGACCUACUCAUGGUGGCAGUCAUGCUUGGAGUGUGCUCUAUUAUGGGAUUGCCGUGGUUUGUUGCAGCCACCGUCCUCUCUAUUUCACAUGUGAAUAGCUUAAAACUGGAAUCAGAGUGCUCCGCUCCAGGGGAGCAGCCAAAAUUUCUUGGAAUCCGGGAGCAAAGAGUCACAGGGCUCAUGAUUUUUAUCCUUAUGGGCUCAUCUGUCUUUUUGACAAGUAUCCUGAAGUUUAUUCCUAUGCCAGUACUUUAUGGAGUAUUUCUUUACAUGGGUGCUUCGUCUCUAAAGGGAAUCCAGCUUUUUGACAGGAUAAAGUUAUUCUGGAUGCCUGCAAAGCAUCAACCAGAUUUUAUUUAUCUGAGGCAUGUUCCUCUUAGAAAGGUCCAUCUCUUCACUGUAAUUCAGCUGAGUUGUCUUGUGCUUCUGUGGAUUAUAAAGGUUUCAAGAGCUGCCAUUGUCUUUCCUAUGAUGGUCCUAGCUUUGGUAUUUGUCCGAAAACUCAUGGAUUUCUUUUUUACUAAGCGGGAGCUCAGUUGGUUAGAUGAUUUGAUGCCCGAGAGCAAGAAAAAGAAGCUGGAAGAUGCUGAGAAAGAGGAAGAGCAAAGUAUGUUAGCAAUGGAAGAGGAAGGGACUGUUCAGUUACCGCUAGAAGGACAUUACAGAGAUGACCCAUCUGUGAUAAACAUUUCUGAUGAAAUGGCAAAAACUGCUGUGUGGAAGACAUUGUUGAUAUCGUCAGAGAAUGCAAAAGAUAAGGAGUCAAGCUUUCCUUCUAAAAGUGCUGAAAUCAGAAAAGAGAAGAAAGCUGACUCAGGGAAAGGUGUUGACCGGGAGACUUGUCUAUGA